AUGCAGACUCCUACCCCACAUUCGCAGACUAUUAGAUUACGCAACUUUAUUAGAUUAAAGAUUUAUGCUAUCUUACAGAAGAAGGUUACUGCAAGGGGCUCGCUUGAACAACGAGAACAACGUAUAAGAAAAUUCACUGGACAGAUUGAUGAAAUCCUCUGGUCGCGAGCCAAUUCAUCAGAGAGAGCCUAUGCAGAUUUAAGAGAUCUUGAAGCCCGCAUUGAUUUUAUUCUCAACUUGAUUUUAAAGAAAAUCAUUUUGCAGAAGCAGCAGCAACAACAACGGCGUGUUUGUCCUCCAACUACUUCUGCUACCAUGAUGAGCGUUUCAUCUUCAUCAAAUCCUCCGCAUACUACUAACAACAAUAACUUCGCUGGAGGAACUUUCCAAUAUGGAGGAAACUACAACAUUCAUUGCACAACUGGAGGUCAAAUCCAACUACUCUCACCUCUCUUAAUAUACAAAUCUGUUCUCAGUCUCAUCAACCGCUUCUUUUUGUUGAAUUUCAAUAAUGCAGGAUUCCCUGUUACUUGUGGCAAUAGCAGCGUACCUGGGUUACACAGAACCGAGCCACUCUACAGUGAUGGUGCAAAUUACCAGAUGGUUGAUGUUUCUAGGCCCCAACUUACUUCUUCUGGCUUCUCUUCUGGUUCCUUUGGAAUUUACGGGAACGCCGUAACCCUUGCUACUUCUUCUCAACCAACUUUUUCUAUACCUUUUGGUUCAAGUAAUCUCCACGGAGGUGUAAUGUCAGCCAGCUCAAUGGUUGUUGCUCAGGAUACACGUCCAUUCCACCCAGAUCCUAUGCUCGCUACCUUCACAAAUAAUCAGCCAUACCUGCAGCAAACUCCAUACUCAUUUCAUCAGCUCGGGAAUACAACUUUUCAAUCUGCUUCCGCUCAACAAUUCUUUGGCCAUCAAGCUGGUGAUGCUAGGCACCAAGAACAGCACUCUCGACAGCUUUAUCCUGGUAACCUGCAGAAUCAAGAUCAUUUACUAUACCAGGGUGCUUAUCGGACUCAGGUAGCUACGAGUUCACCUCUUCAUGUCAACCAUGGACCAAGCUUGGAUUGUUACAAAGAAGAUCUUCAGCAACAGGCCCUAAAUGAGUUCAAACCAUCCAAGUUGCACUACCAAUACAAUGCUGUUCAUACUAGUCAUCUGACUUCUCCAUCUCUCCCAUCAGAUCCUCAUGAUCAGAAGCAGUCGCCAUCAGUCUUGGUUCAAAGGCAGUCAUCUCUUAAGAACUCAACACAAAUAUCAGCGAAAAUUAAUGGAGACAGAGAACCUCUUGGGGUUAAUGUUAGUCAAACAACUCCUAUGCAGCCACAAUCUCUGCAUCGCUGCUCCUCGUCUGCAAGAGCGCCUCAAGAAUCAGAAAACAAUAAUGGAGAGAGAGAACUUAAUGGGGCCAAUUCAUGUCAAAAUACUCGUAUGCAGCCAGAAGCUGUUCGCAGCUCCUCAUCUGCAAGAGCGCCUCAAAUAACUCCUAUUAAUGGGGUUAACUCAUGUCAAAACACUCCGAUGCAGCCAGUAGCUGUUCAAAGCUCCUCAUCUGCAAGAGCGCCUCAAAUAACUCCUGUUAGUGCGAUUAACUCAUGUCAAAACACUCCGAUGCAGCCAGUAGCUGUUCAUAGCUCCUCAUCUGCAAGAGCGCCUCAAAUAACUCCUGUUAGUGCGGUUAACUCAUGUCAAAACACUCCGAUGCAGCCAGUAGCUGUUCAAAGCUCCUCAUCUGCAAGAGCGACUCUAACUGUUUCUCCUAGAAGCACUGCUGAGAGGAAACUUCUUCUAGAUGGAAACAACACAUCAAGUAAACAGGUCAAUGGAGAUCGUAGUCAAGAUGUUAGGAAUCAGAUUCGGUGGCUUCUAAUUUUGGAGCAUGCACGUGACUGCAGAGCAACAGGAGAUACGUGUCUGAGCAAGUUCUGUCUUCCUGUCAAAAAGCUACUGGAACAUAUGAAAUGCUGCAUGAUCCCUGGCUGUACAGAACCACGUUGUGGGCAGACUCGGAAAUUGCUUCUUCAUUACGAGGAGUGCAGGAACAAAUCUUGCCUUGUCUGUGUACCUGUCAAUGAUAGCAUCAAAAAGAAUAGAAAUAAAAGAGGCGCUCUACCAAGGGAAUCUUCAGAGUCUGUGCAAGCAUACAACAACAAAAGAGGCGCUGAAACUAUUGAUGUUAGUGAUGAUCUGCGACCCUCAGUUAAGCGCCUGAAAAUAGAGAAACCCUCCCAGAUUGCAACUUCUGAUGAGAGGGAGAGCAUGCCGGUUUCAGCAUGUGGUGCUGUCUUUUCAAUGCCUAAGAAAGAGAGAUAUGGUUUGCAAAGUGUCAAAGUUGAGGUUAUGCCUAUGGACAUAGAUCUUUCUGAUGUUUCCAGGAUUCCCGUUACCCUUCAUGUUGCUGAAGAUAUUCCCAUGGGUAGAGAGUCUGCUAUGAAUGACAAAACUAUUUGUUUAACGUCACAAGGGAAACCCAAAUGUAUGGAUGAAAUGGGUGCACCAAAGAAAGGGAAUGUGAAACAAUCCAUGGAUGCGUCUAAGAUGGAAAUCUCCUCCCUCGUUGAAUUGUUUACUCCAGAGCAAGUAAAAGAGCAUAUCAGAGGUCUUCGUCAAUGGGUAGGCCAGAGCAAAACCAAGGCGGACAAAAACAAAGCAAUGGGUUGCUUCAUAUCUGCGGAAGCUUGCCAGUUAUGUGCUAUUGAGAGGCUUGUAUUUGAGCCAAUACCUAUUUACUGCUCCCCUUGUGCUGUACGCAUCAAGAGAAACGCCUUGCACUAUACCGUUGCUGCUGGUGAGUCACGGCAUUAUGUCUGCGCAACUUGCUUCACCGAAGCGCGUGAAGACUCUGUUUCUGUUGAUGGAACCUCUAUACCGAAAGCAAGGCUUGAGAAGAAGAAAAACGAUGAACAAGUUAUAGAAGGGGUUCCUGGAGCCGAAUCACUUACUGUCAGAGUUGUGGCAUCAGUUGACAAAGUAUUAGAAGUAAAGGAGAAUUUCCUCGAGCUUUUCCGAGGAGAGAACUAUCCAUCUGAAUACCCUUAUAAGUCCAAGGUCAUAUUGUUGUUUCAGAAGAUUGAAGGUGUCGAGGUGUGCUUAUUUGGCAUGUUCGUCCAGGAAUUUGGAACAGAAUGUGGACCUGCCAAUCAGCGGCGGGUAUACCUUUCAUAUCUGGACUCGGUUAAGUAUUUCAGACCUGAGGUUCGAACAGUCUCUGGAGAAGCCCUCCGCACGUUUGUGUACCAUGAAAUUCUGAUUGGUUACCUCGAUUACUGUAAGAAACGUGGUUUCACAAGCUGCUACAUAUGGGCAUGCCCACCACUUAAGGGUGAAGAUUAUAUUCUAAACUGUCAUCCUGAAAUCCAGAAGACGCCCAAGACUGACAAACUAAGGGAAUGGUAUUUAGCAAUGCUUAGGAAAGCUUCAGAGGAAGAUGUGGUGGUUGAAUGCACAAACCUCUAUGAUCAAUUCUUUGCCCAGUCUGACGAGUGUAGAGCUGAUGUAACUGCUGCAAGGUUGCCAUAUUUUGAUGGGGACUACUUGCCAGGUGCUGCUGAAGAUUUAAUACAGAAAAUGCGCCAAGAAGGUGAUGGGACCACUAAGUUAAAUGGAAAAGGAUACACCAAAAAGGUCAUAACGAAAAGAGCCCUAAGAGCAGUUGGCCAGUCGGACCUUCCUGUCAAUGCCUCAAAGGAUCGGCUGUUGAUGCAAAAACUCGGUGAGAGUAUCUUCCCGAUAAAGGAAGAUUUUAUCAUGGUUCAUUUGCAACAUUGCUGUAAGCACUGUUGCUCUCUCAUGGUAUCAGGAAAUCGGUGGGUGUGCAAGCACUGCAAGAAUUUUCAGAUCUGUGACAAGUGUUACGAAGUGGAACAGAAGCGCGCAGAGAAAGAGAGACAUCCAAUCAAUCGGAAAGUGAAGCACAAAAUUUUUCCUGUGGCAAUUAAAGACGUUCCCAUUGAGAUUGAGGACAAAGACGUCAACAUUCAGAGCGAGUUCUUUGAUAACAGGCAAGCUUUCCUGAGUCUUUGCCAAGGCAACAACUAUCAGUACGACACACUAAGGCGGGCGAAACAUUCUUCCAUGAUGAUACUCUAUCAUCUUCACAACCCAAGUGUCCCUGCAUUUCCAACGGCAUGCACCAUCUGCCAACAAGAGAUUGAAAACGCUCAAGGCUGGCACUGCCAAGUUUGCACGGCCUAUGAUGUCUGCAAUGCCUGUUACCCUAAGGCGUGUAUCGACCAUUCACAUAAACUGGUAAGCCGUUCAUCUGCUGGGAAAGCUAGUGUACAAGACACCAGGCGAGCUAAUCAAAUCCAGUUUGACAAGAUGAUAGAACUGCUUGUACAUGUAGCAGCUCCAUGCCGGUAUUUACAUUGCCAGUAUCAGCGGUGUCGCUGGAUGAAGACGUUAAUCAGACAUGUAAUAGAUUGUAAGAUGGCUCGUGGAGAUUGCCCCAAGUGUACGCAAUUUUGGUUACUCAUCAGAACCCAUGCCCGCUCCUGUAGAGAUUCCAAAUGCAUUGUCCCCAAAUGCAGAGAUUUCAAAGCAGCUGCUAGUAGACGGCAGCAGCAGUCAGAAAAACGGCGUAGAGCUGCUGUAACGGAGAUGAUGCGAAAAAGGGCUGCGGAAGCCGCCAUCCAGACUUACUGA